AUGGAAGAGUCAAAACCUUGUACGACAGAGCCAGAUGCAGAUACGAUUAAAAUGUUUGUAGGACAGAUUCCCCGUCAUUGGAAUGAACCAGAAUGUAGAAAAUUAUUCGAAAAGUAUGGGCCAGUAUACUCUCUGAAUAUUUUAAGAGAUAAAGCUUCGCAGAGUAGUAAAGGAUGUUGUUUUGUGACAUAUUACCAUCGGAAGGAUUCCAUUUCUGCUCAGGCCGCUUUACAUAAUAUUGAAGUGAUAGAGGGUAUGCACCACCCGGUGCAAAUGAAGCCUGCCGACACUGAGAACAGAAAUGAAAGGAAACUAUUCGUUGGACAAUUAUCUAAAAAACAUACCGAGGAAGAUGUGAGAACAUUAUUCGCGAAGUUUGGCCACAUAGAAGAUUGUAGUGUUCUGAGAGAUGGAGAUAAUCGAAGUAGAGGAUGUGCCUUUGUCACGUUUGCUACACGUAAUUGUGCCAUUAAUGCCACGAAGGAAAUGCAUCAUUCACAAACUAUGGAGGGAUGCACUGCUCCUUUAGUAGUGAAAUUCGCGGACACCCAGCGGGAUAAAGAUGGCAAAGGAAAGGUUGGAACUACUACUCCCACCACUCAACCACCAUCUGGUCAAACUAAUCUCAUUCAACAGCUCAAUGGCAGUGGAAUAAAUUUACAAACGCUGACAGCGAUUGCUGCUCUAUUACAACAGAAUAACCAGCAGCAGAAUGUUCUGGGAUUACUAGGAAGUGUGUUGUCGGCUCUGGGGAAAUUGUCAGAUAGAGAAAAUGGUGGCAUUAUCUCUGUAUCAUCUAACCAAUCCCAGAGUUGUAGCAAUUCAUCCAUACAAAACAUUCUACCGCAAUUAGCUGCUUUGCUCCAACAAAGUCAACCGCAAGGGAUAGAUGCUUUAGCACAGUUACAACAAGUACAGCUGGCUCAGCAGCAGCAACAAAUGCUUGCCCUACUAAGCCAGCAACAGCAGCAACAGCAGCAACAAGCUGCUGCUGCUGCCGCUGUAGUUGUCACUCAGGAUCAAAAUCAGGCGAACAAUAUAGCAUAUCAAUCCUACCAAGGCGCUCAUGUAGUGGCUGCAUCAACUACCGGUGGCAACGCUUAUGCUGUUCACAAUCCUAUUUAUCAAACAGCAGGCGGUGGAGUCUUAUCUCAAAACGGUUUGAAAACUGCAUCUCCUGUAGCAAUCACCACACCUUCUAUAGCUGCACAAAUGGGACAAACUGCUACAGCUAUUGACCCAUUACAGCAAGCCAUUCAACAGUAUGCCUUGACGGCCAUCAAUCCAAACAUUGCUGUUCAAGCUGCAACAGCAGGUGUUGGUAAUGGAGAUGUGAAAGGGCCUAAUGGAUCCAACUUAUUUAUUUAUCAUUUACCUCAGGACUUUGGAGAUUCCGAUCUGAUGAGUACGUUUUCACCCUUCGGAACUGUUCUGUCUGCCAAGGUGUUCAUAGACAAAGUUACAAAUUUAUCUAAAUGUUUUGGUUUUGUUUCAUACGAUAAUGCACUGAGUGCUCAAAAUGCUAUAUCCGCCAUGAAUGGCUUCCAGAUAGGAUCUAAACGAUUAAAAGUUCAAUUGAAAAAUGAGCGAACACAUCCAUACACGAAAGUUAAUUAA